AAACCUUCGCAUCUGUCCAUGCGACCAGAAGCAGAGUCAACUGCCCCAAAUUUUGUCGUGGGGAAAGAAACCCCUCCCCAGGAGUCGUCCAUUACACAUGAUCGACAACCUGAACCUAACGUGUCUGCCAGCCAUCAGAGAACAAUUAGCCGACAAAGAUCAGCAGAAGCCCUCACCCUUACACCUCAAGAUGUCCAGCCUCUUGGAUACGAACGGCGCGCUGUAGACGACGGGUCGAAGUUAAGUGCAGUCUCAAAUGCAGCACUCACAGUUAUUGAGAAAUCACGACGAUUUGGUCAGCCCCAAACAACUAGACAAUCUGUGAGACGUCGCCCCACUGGCAGGCCAACUUCAGCUGCUAAAUCCGAAAAAACUGCAGAGUCGGACAAUCCCAAAGUUCACCAGAAGAUUCGACGUACGAGAUCUAGUCGCGAUGUUCGAAGAGCUCUCGGUGAAGGUAAAGAACCUGCCUCGAGGUGAUUGUGGCAUCGCGGAUCUCACCGUGUUCCUCCCUCCGGCAUCAGAUGAUUACGCCAAUCGUCCGUCGAAACGGAUGUCUUCCAACCCUUCGAAUACACUCGACAACGCUGGGGUACCCAUUAGUAUCUGUAAGAGCAUCGAACCUAUUGCCCCAGCAGGCGUUACCUUUGACGGGACUAGCUCUAGACCUAGUUCUCGACGCAACACUCUCUCAAUACCUGUUUUCUCGAUAGAUCCUAGAAUUGAAGACGGUUAUCAUGAUGUUGAGGUGCCAGACCAUGUGGACUCGCGUGGUGCAUAUGGACGGCGCAAGACGCAGGACUUCGGCUACCCCGGCGCACGUACAAAAGUCCAAGGUAUCUCUAGGGUGAAUAAACGGCUCCAGGAUCCAGAAAGCUGGCUCAGGCGUUCUUGCGGUCAUUUCUCGUACACAGGUAAAGGCGAAGUUGGAGAAGAUGCCGCGAAGAAGAUCUGUCGUCAGUGCUCGGCCAGGGCAACGGCAUCGGAAUCAGAACUGCGCAAGCGUCACCAGAUCCGAAGACGGAUAGCUAGCGACUCAUUGAAAUCCGGCUCGUCUGCUACAAGCAAGACUGAGCACGGUUCUGGUCCUGACUUCGGGCGUCGCCGUCGUCACUCGGAGUGCAUACCCACUGACAAAUGUGGAGAUGUCUUCGCCGAUGAUCUUGCUCACAUCAUCGAUGCUAUCCUCGAAGAGCAUACAACCACAUUGCAAGGCGUCAUCGAUAACAUCAAGCAUACCCAGCCAGGUCUUUCACAGCUUCGAAGAUUGUCUGAAGACAUCGCCCAGCGUUAUCAGGUAGGUGACACAUGUACACAUCCUCGCCACACGACACAUCCAAAUCCCCGUAGUCAUGAAACUACAUCACGGCCAGUCUGCCAACCACAUCAACCCGUCCAUCAACACAGUUAUCAGCCACAGGUCUACGAAUGCACACCACCAUCUCCAUACAUCCCACCCAAAGCAGCAGAAAAGCUCAAUGUCGGUCCAACCGGGCACCUCGGACCCAACAUGAAUGACUCCCGAUUCAGCCUACGAGAAGCUGUGAGGACGAUUCCAGAUCUAAUCGGCCUUGUCAACUCCGCAGCAGAUGAUCUUGGCGUGGACCUUGAUAGACGACCCACCGCAAAGGACGAUGUCAGGUUUCUCAAUGCGCCAGUUGAAGAUACUCCUUCGCAUGCCGGUUUCUUCUUGUUGGAGCAGGGUUUUGGAGAUUGUGGGGUGGGGGAUCGUUGACGGAGAGGGAGGCUGCUGGGGAUGUAUUGUUCUAGUGAAUGCAUAGAUAUCUACCUGAGCUAUUGGAAGUGUGCUUGUGAUGUG